CCUCUGUAGCACCCGGCGGAGAGAGGCAUGUCCCUGCGUGUUCCUGCCGGAGGUCGAGCCUCAUAGAGCCAGAACAGAGAGAGACACCAGGUCUGUACGUGGAUCUUGACGCAGCAGCUGAGCUCUGCGUGGACUCUCAUCGACCCACCGAUAACUCUGAUGGAUCACUGAUCUGGAUCUGCGUGUUUCUACGUGGGGACUUGUUGUCGGUGUAUUUCUGCGUGUUUCCCGGUGUAUCGGAGUUGCUCUGCGGUCAUGGGUUUCUACGGCACCCUGAAGCUCAUCUUCUACAAGAUGAAGAGGAAGCUGGAUCACGGUCCAGAUGGCCGGCCGUUCCCCUCAGGAAAGAAACACUGCAAAGGGAACGGGUACCUCAGCCCUUCCUGUCUGGCUCAGGCCACGCCUACAACAUUUGGGGACCUGCGGCUAGCCAAUGGGCAUUCAGCUCAGAGGCGACGCGUGAACUCAGGCCCCCCUCCUUCUGGGCUGCAGGACUGGCUUCUUACCUUUCAGACGUGGAGCGGCCCAGAGAGGCUCCUGGCUCUGGAUGAGCUGAUUGACCGGUGCGAGACCAGCCAGGUGAAGCACAUGAUGCAGGUCAUCGAGCCUCAGUUCCAGAGAGACUUCAUAUCUCUGCUCCCCAAAGAGCUCGCUCUGUACGUGCUCACCUUCCUCGCUCCGAAAGACCUGCUGGAGGCCGCACAGACCUGCAGGUAUUGGAGGAUCCUGGCCGAGGAUAACCUGCUGUGGAGGGAGAAAUGCCGUGAGGAAGGUAUAUCAGACAGUGUGUCAUAUCGUCGUAGAGAGUGUGUGCAGCCUGGCGCUUCUUUCAGCCCGUGGAAAUCUGCCUACAUAAGACAGCAUCGCAUAGAGACCAACUGGAGGAAGGGGGACACGAGGGAACCAAUGGUGCUAAAAGGUCACGAUGAUCAUGUGAUCACCUGCCUUCAGUUCAGCGGCGACCUGAUUGUCAGCGGCUCAGAUGACAACACGCUCAAAGUGUGGUCUGCCGUCACUGGAAAGUGUCUGCGCACCUUGACGGGUCACACUGGAGGUGUGUGGUGCAGCCAGAUGGCCGGCGCCACGGUGAUCAGCGGCUCCACCGACCGGACGCUGCGGAUCUGGGACGCCGAGAGCGGGGAGUGCGUACACGCUCUGUACGGGCACACGUCCACCGUGCGAUGCAUGCACCUGCACGGCAACAGGGUGGUGUCGGGCUCCCGGGACACAACGCUGCGCGUGUGGGAUGUUUCGACGGGCAGCUGUGAGCACGUGCUGACGGGCCACGUGGCGGCAGUCCGCUGCGUCCAGUACGACGGGCGCCGCGUGGUGUCGGGCGGCUAUGACUACAUGGUGAAGGUGUGGGACCCAGAGACGGAGGUGUGCCUGCACACCCUCCAGGGACACACCAACAGAGUGUACUCUCUGCAGUUUGAUGGCGUCUUUGUGGUGAGCGGCUCAUUGGACACUUCAAUCAGAGUCUGGGAUGUGGAGACAGGUGGAUGUGUCCACACGCUGACUGGCCACCAGUCGCUGACGAGCGGGAUGGAGCUGCGGGACAACAUCCUGGUGUCCGGGAACGCAGACUCCACUGUACGAGUGUGGGACAUCCGGACAGGACAGUGUCUUCACACGUUGCAGGGUCCCAAUAAGCACCAGUCUGCAGUGACGUGCCUGCAGUUCUGCAGAGGCCUGGUUCUGUCCAGCUCCGAUGACGGGACCGUCAAGCUGUGGGACCUGCGGACCGGAGCCUGGCUACGGGACGUGGUGGCGCUGCAGAGCCGGGGAUCAGGUCAGGAUCUCACAGCAGAGUGUCACAACCAACACUAUUCACAUAUAGGAGCUGGUGGCGUGGUUUGGCGAAUCAGAGCGUCCGACACCCGGCUGGUGUGUGCUGCAGGAAGCCGGAACGGCACCGAGGAGACCAAGCUGCUCCUGUUGGACUUUGACCUGGAUGACAUGAAGAAGGACAUGGAUAUGAAAUGAGAGAGAAAAUGAAAAUCCAGACUGGAACGGUUUUAUUUUUAAUGGCGAAGCUACAGACUUUUUGUUGUUGUUGUUGUUGUUGACCAAAGUCCUGACUGAACCAAUCAGUCAUCUGUGAAUGUUUCAACACGACCUGAUUGGCUGACAGAGACGUAUGGAGGAAAUACUUGCUGCUUGAUGAUAAAUCAAAAAGUGACUGAAGCAACGUGUGCCACUCAGAAUAAUGUAAAUAUAUUAUAUAUGAAAGUUUGACAAACAGACUGAUUUAUCUCAGUAAGAUGGCGAAGUUUUGAAUGUAGCCGUUGGAUGAGGAAUGAGGGCAUUCGCUCCUUUUUUUUGCUGCUGUAACAACGAAGAGGUGAAGAUGCAGUUUAACCAAAUCCACCAAACCACAACAGCCAGACAGAUGCAGGCGAUGGAGGCGAGUGAUUUUCCCGCCCAUAUUCAGUCAGCGUUGUUUCUAAACCGGUGUAAUAUCCGCCAGGUCGCUCUCCAACGCUGACUGUACUGGGCGUGUCGUGUUCCAGCCCUCUGCAGGACUGUUACGAGUCUGGAAAACAAGCUGCUGGAGCCAGACAUGCUGGGAAUGUUGUUUCCCCAUCAUGCAAAGAGGGAGAACUAACCCUAAAAACCACAACCAGAGCCUCACAUCUGCAACAGCUGGAGAGCUUAAAACAUUUGUCAGAAAUAAUGUAGGGAAAUGAAACUGAGUUGCUGCAGUUUGGCACAUUAAGCUAAUCCCUCAGCUCAUCUGUUGCUGCUAAAAACAGAAGGGAAGGAAGAAAACAGAACAAGGUCCAAUUGGGUCCAAAGAAGGGUCUCUGUUAAGGAAGGAUUUUCCCUCUUCCUCAUGAUUAACAGUUACUCGUCAGGAGGUUGGUUACUAUUAUUAUUCUGCCGUUUUAUUCCACCCUUUUUAUACUUUUUAUUUAGUUUUUAAUUCCUCCAAAAGUGAUUAGCUCGGUCAGUAAAAAGUUCUGGCAGAGAUAAGUUAUACUUUGUCUCUGAGGUUCGCAAAAAACUGCAAAACAUUUCUCAAAGACAGAAACUGAGAUUUUGAAAGAUUCCAGGUCCAUUUUAUUUACAUUUAAAACCAAGUUUCCCCGAGGUGCUGUGGAAAUCUAAGAUAAAUAGAAGACAUUCAACAAAUACUGAAACAUUAAAGCCAUUAAAGAAGCAUGUAAAGAGUAAGAAAAUCCACCCUUAAUAAGCCGUACAGUACAAACAUCAUUCAACAUGGAGACGUGACAGAAAGCUGGACUCUUCUAUGAAUUUGUAUACCUUUUAUUGUUUUUAAACAGUCACACUUUAAGCUAAAUGCUUUUUUAUGUCUUUAUGAUAGAAUGUUUAUCUUGGAGUUUGAUAAUGUCUCACUCUAACCUUUGACCCUGUAUAAUAUUCAGAAACUUUUGGAUUAACGCUGAUCUCAUGCCUAUAGUUUCACGUAUUCGGUCCUUACGUUAAGAUGCAGGUAUUUUUGUCCUCUUUCGCCCUGUGUGUCUCCCACUGCUGUAGGAUUUACAGCUUUCCUACCUCAGAGUGCUGAGUGUUAAACUCCAAUUCACUCCUGCUAUUUUCAUCUCUAAAUGUUUAUCUUAAGAACUGGAGAAUGGCUUGGAUAUUAAAAAAAGAAAUGGCAGACAUAAAAUUUCCAAGAUAGACCUCUAAAAGCUUCUCCCAGUCACAGCUGAAGAACAUGAUAUGAUUCAUAGACACUAAGCAUUAUUAUUUUUUAUUUACCUUUUUAAAAGUGUUUUUUUUUUUUCUCGUUCUCUGAGGUCCAGUCUCUUUUUCUUCGGAGGUGAGGAAAAUGACGCAGAAAUGUUCACGUUACGUUUUUAACGAGACUUCUGUAAAUGUUACAGAAUGGAGGCGAAGUGCUUCUUUUAUCAUCUCCUUUAGAACAGGGAACAAUAAAAACGUAAUUAUUGCGAAGAAAAAAGCCAUUAUUGUACCUCAAAAUUCCCUUCAGCAGGAACAUUCAAAUUGCAGCUGAUUUGCUUCACUCAGCCUUAUAAACGUUGGAUUUAAAUGUAAUGAAUCUAAAGGCAGAAGAAACCGAGAACAGAUGAUAAAAUCAAUGCAUUUAUCACCUUGUGCCUUUUUCUUACCUUAAUAGCCACUAAACAGGAGACAGAAGCAGAUGGUCUUUCCUGAUGUUCUGCUUUUAUAUCUGCUGCUUUGGUUUGAAGCAGCUACACAUAAUUCAGAUUUUGUUUUCUUUUUUAAAAGCGCCAAAUAUUGCUUAAUUUCCAAGACUGAUAAAAUAAUUAUUUAAUAUUUAACAAUAUUGUUUCAAUCGCACUUGUUUGAAGGAAACCAUAAAUGAGUUCAGGGAACUUUAAUUUGUUCUGUCAGUAAUGACGCUUUUUUGUGUAAUUAUUUAUGCAUUUGCACCGCUGAACCCUAAUUAGGUCUGUCUUUACGUUCAUCCCUUAAUUACAGGCUUAAUCCAAGUAAAAAAGGUUUAAAUUUAAUCUCCUGAACCCCAGAGACCUGCCUUGUGUGAAACGUUUAGCCACAUUUUGACCAUAAAAAGAUGUAAAAAGCAGAUAUCAGCAGGUAUUCUAACAUUGGAUUAAUUAUGUACAUGCAGGUUUUUGAAUAAAUCCUCAUGGCUUCACUUUUCCAUUUUCUCAGUGAGGACGCUGAGGAGAAAACGGGUUGAGAAAGGCUGAAUCUUUUUAACAUCCCUAAUUGAAGUCUUAGAAUUAAUUUCUGUUGUGAGUUUUAUGUGAAACACUCUCCUUCCUGUUAAUGAUCAUGUUUGGCCUCGGUUAUUGAAACACAUAAAAAAGGAUAAAUAAUUUAAAUCAGUUCCUGGCUGCAGACAUUUAUUCAAUAAGCCGCUGUUGCCAGGCAACUCUUCCAGCCAGUAGGCAGAGUUUGGAGCAGAUCUUCCCCCAGCAACAAGUGGUAUUUCAGGCAGGAGGGUUGACCUUUUGCAGGUGUGAGGCUCUUUGUUGAUAGUAUUCUGUGAAAUAGUGUAAGUAAAGAGAGGAUGUACAUAAUGAACUUUUUAUAAUUAUAAAAAACUGAGAAAAUAUUGUCCUGGUUGAAUGAAAAAAAGAACUGGAUGAAUGAAAAUGAAUCAAUAAACAUGAGUUUUAUAAAA